UUUCGAUAUAUAAGUGCUUAUAUACAAAAGUUGGUGAUAAACAAAUAAAAAUUCGGCUUUUUUUGUAAAAUUUACGAUAAUUCCGAGACAAAUUGUGAGUUAAAGUGAUAGCAGAAUUUCAAAAGUAGCCGAGUGUGGCGAGAGAAGUAUGGAAAACAGUACAAAAUCACCAGAAAUCGAGAUAGAAAUUUUGCCCUAUAUUUAUCACAUCUUACGCAGCAUUGAAAAGGAUCAAACAGAGAUAACGACAAAACACAGUCAAGAGUGCUCACAAAAAGUCCUUGAACUUCAAAAACAACUCGAGGUUGCUCGCAAUCAAAUCAAGGCUUUGCCUGGCAUUGACCUAAAUAAAGAGGAUCAGUUGCAGAAGUUGGAAAAUCUGCGCAAUCAACUGGUACUGAAACAAGAUCUCAUCAAAAAGUACAAAGACAUCCAAUUUUAACCUCCUUCGCAUUACAUAACAACAAAAAUCCGUCAAAACGGUUCUAAAAAUGGUCUUUCGCAUUAUCCUGAGGUAUCUAGCGAACAAUGAGCAACUAGUACAACGGCUCUCCGAAUCAAAGCCCGUGCGACGAACAGC